CCCGGGUUGGGUUUGAAACACCGGAAAUACGUGACAUGUGGGCGGGACGCAGGUGAGCGCGGAAGACAAAUACGGAAGUGGGAAGAAAAGAGGGAAGAAAAGACUCGUUGUCGUGGCUUGAACAAAGAUAGGCACUCCCCACCCCGCUGUCACCAUGGGACUAUGUGGAGGUCUGUCCCACUGCAAGGUGGCUCUGGCCUUCGCCAUCUUUAUGGAUGUCCUGGGGGGCGGCGCCCUGCUGCUGGGCGUCUUUGCCCCUCUGGAAGUCAAAGGCCGAGAUUUUGGAGACCUGCUAGUCUAUACUGGCGCGUUGCUGGUGCUGAUGUCGCUGUGGGGGUGGGUGCUGUGGUACAGUGGAAACAUGGAGGGCCUGACGUCCAAAAAGGAGCUGGGAUACAUCAACGGCGCCGUGGACCGCCUGGCACGCAACCUCAGCCGCAAGAUCCUCACCUACAGAAGCCCCCGCUGAGGGAGGAGGGCGGGCCUGAUGUCCGCUUCCGUCAGCGCCCUCGUUAAAGAUGGUCACAAGCAUUUCUGCUCCAACACUCUCUCUUGUUUUUUAUUAUGAUAUAAUGUCACGCUCAUGCUCUAUUUCAAUAAAAGCUU